GGAGCACGAGAGCUGGGCCUGUGUUGCUACCAUCUCUCGCCCUCUCGCUCUCCUUGUGUCUCGCCUGGGCUGCACAAGAGUUGUGUUAUCAAUUCUCUCCUUUGCAUUCGGUCUUAGCCUAUUGAUCAUUGUCACUCCUUAUUGGGCUAUUAUUCUUAGCUGUAUAAUCUGAUACCACUUCAACUUCCACUUCGCAGCCUGGUGCUUCCAAAUAAUUCAAAUCAUCAACUAUUCAAUAAUCAGUCAUCAUGAAGAGCUUCUUCCUGACCUGCACUCUCUUGGCGUCGUCCGCCCUUGGACACAUUCAGAUGUCCAAGCCGUACCCUAUUCGCAGCCCUCUCAACCAGAAGGCCGAAGGCCAAAAGGACUACUCCUACACCAACCCUCUGUCCACCUCCGGAGAUGACUUUCCCUGCAAGGGAUACGCCAACGAUCCUUUCAAAUCCGUGGCCGACUACAAGCCCGGUCAAGAGUACGAGAUUGAACUCCAAGGCAGCGCUACCCACAAUGGUGGCUCGUGCCAGAUCUCCCUCUCCUACGACAAGGGCAAGACCUUCCGCGUCAUCCACUCUAUGAUCGGUGGAUGCCCUCUGGAGAAGAGCUACAAGUUCAAGGUCCCCUCUGAUGCCCCAUCCGGUGAGGCUCUCCUCGCCUGGACCUGGUUCAACAAGGUCGGCAACCGCGAGAUGUACAUGAACUGCGCCCAAGUCACCGUCGGCAGCGACAACGCCCGAAUGGAAGGCUUCUCCGCUGUCUCCAAGGCCAACGCCUUCGACAGCCUCCCAGAGAUCUUCGUCGCCAACGUCAACGGCCCCGGCAAAUGUGUGACCAUUGAAGGCAAGGACGUCAACUUCCCCCAGCCAGGCCCCUCCGUCGAAGGAAAGGCCGAAGAGAAGGGCUACAAAUGCGAGGGAUCUGCUCCUUUCCUCGGCAGUUCAAGGACCACCAACGACAACGCUGCUAGCUCCUCCUCCGCCGCUGCCUCCCCUUCGGCCAGCGCUGCCCGCGCCGCCCACGGUGCCCUCGAUUCCUCACCCGCCGCUGCAUCUUCUUCUGCUGCUGUCGCCCAUGCACCAUUGGGCCAGGAAGCUUCAGCUGGUCACUAUGAUUACCCCACCCCUGAGCACCGCCACUGCCGCUACCCCGAUGAGUACAUCUGCUCCGCUGACCACUUCAGCUUCUUCCGCUGUGUCCAUGGUGACCUCGUCUUCAUGGGUCCUGUCGCUCCCGGAACCUGGUGUGUCAAUGGCCACAUUGAGCGUGCUCCUUGGUUCUAAGCUAUUGCCACUUGCCCUGUUCUUAUCAGAAUAAGCUAGUCAUCUCUCUCUCUCCUUUCUGGAACAAACCAACCUUCGUUAUGUAUCUCUUCGCGCCUGUGAUGUUGCCAGGCCUUUCAUGUUAACAACUCUCUAUACGUCUCGCUAUAUCUUCCUUAUUUUCUUUCCUUGGUCUUUAUCUGGAUAGGUUAAUAUAUAUCUUCCAUUAUUCUAUUUGAGGUUACUGAGUAAGGAAGGACGCUACUGUAAGUACCAUCUUGCAACCUAUCGUUUUGGCGUAGUGUUGCAAGUUGCGGUGGGUUCGUAACUUAGAAUGCCAAAAAGAAUUGUAUGUAACCUGAAAUGCUCUCACUUGUGAAUGCUGCCUACUACCAUAAACCAAGGAAUUACAACGGUUCAGGGUACUAUAUAGGUCCGUUCUAUCGUCGAUAGGCUGCCCGUCAGCCUCCGAAAACAGCCCGCAGGUCUCGAAUGCAG